AGAAGAACGCGGCAUGUGGGGUAGCACACACACAUCGUGAUCACUUUGAAGGAAGUAAUCCUCACAUCGGAGAGUUAACGUAGAUAUGUGUCUAAAAUUCCGAAGAUUAAAUGAGAGAUUAACCCACUAACGUCGUGAAAACAGUAACAUUCAGGGUUUUUCCUGCAUAGAGUUUAUCCUGUCGAUGAAACUCGGGCAGGCAGUCACGUUCACAGAUAGACCGCAAGUGGUGCUCAUGUACACGCCCUCUUUCUCCAGAUAAGUGCCCUUUUUGCAAGAAUCAGCAUUCAGAUCUCCCGCACAGUUUGCUGGUGUAAUGACAAAGAAAUCAGGGUCUCUCUGCAGCCAGAUUGAUCCACACAGAUAACUUGUGAAGCUUUUCUCUACCAGCUGCCUUCCAUACAGAGUGAAAGAUGAGCACAAAAGAGAGAGCCCCUGAAGACCGCGGCUUUCUUGUUGGGAUCAUAUUCUUCAUCCUUGGCUUGGGAACACUUUUACCAUGGAACUUCUUUAUGACUGCCUCUAUGUAUUUCAACAAAAGAUUGAACUCAUCGGAAUGGAAGAACGGAACGUUGACUGUCAGGAAGGAAUAUUAUUUCAAUAACUGGAUGACUCUGUUAUCCCAGCUGCCUUUGCUUCUGUUUACUUUGCUCAACUCGAUCCUCUAUCAGCGAAUCUCGGAGAAGAUGAGGAUAGCAGGCAGUUUAGUAUUCAUCCUCCUCCUCUUCAUCCUCACUGCUGUCCUGGUGAAGGUUCCUAUGGAGGACGACAGGUUCUUCUCUGUCACCAUGGCAACCAUCUGGUUUAUCAACUCAUUUGGGGCUGUGUUACAGGGAAGUCUGUUUGGUUUGGUGGGUUUGUUGCCGCAGAAGUACAGCGCUGUGUUUAUGAGCGGACAAGGACUCGCAGGAACAUUUGCUGCUCUUGCCAUGAUUUUCGCCUUAGCAAGUGAAGCUGAUAGUGAAACGGCAGCUCUUGGUUAUUUCAUCACUCCAUGUGUCGGGACUCUUCUCACACUCAUAAGUUACAUGCUGCUACCCAAACUAAAGUUUGCUUGCUUUUACCUGGACAGGUGUAAAAGUAAGAGCUAUGAGCUUGAGACAUUCAGCCAGCAGCAGCCUCUUGCAGAUGCUGUGGAAUGCUCUGGGAUGGCGAGCGAUGGUCCGAAUGGCUCUGUGGUAAACGGGAAUCCUAACAGAGAUGUUAACUCUGUGUGUGAAGAGGAGGGCGGGAGACAGGCCUUCCUCGCGCUGCAGCCAGAGAACGAGUCUGUUGAGAAGAGCUCCGUUCUGGAAGUCUUCAAAAAGAUCGGGGUUAUGGCGUUUUGUGUGACGUUUGUAUUUACAGUAACACUGUCCGUGUUUCCUGCUAUUACUGUGGAUGUGAAGACCGUUUAUGAAGGAAAAUGGGAACGGUACUUUAUACCUGUUUGCUGUUUUCUCAUCUUUAAUCUGAUGGAUUGGAUUGGCAGAACGGUUACAUCACUAGUUCAGUGGCCCCCAAAAGAGAGUCGCUGGUUCCCAGCAUUGGUCGUUUCUCGUUUAAUCUUUGUCCCUCUGCUCAUGAUGUGUAAUGUUCAGGAGAGGCACUUGCUUCCAGUGCUCUUCUCAAAUGAUGUGAUCUUUGCAACCAUCAUGGUGUUCUUCUCUGUGUCCAGCGGAUACUGUGUGUGUUUGUCCAUGACUUAUGCACCACAGCUCGUGGACCCGAAAGAUGGGGAGACGGCUGGCGCAUUAAUGACAUUUUUUCUGGCUCUGGGUUUGUCUUUGGGAGCCGGUUUCUCAUUCCCUCUACGGUUCAUAGUCUGACACCACAUAAACACACACACAUACAUCUCAAAUAUACAGCCAGCUUUCAGCGCUGUCUGCUGAAAAUCAGUUCUCAUGUUGUUUACUCAAAAAAGCUGAAUUAAUAUAAUGACGGAGCAGAACUUCAUAUAUUUGGCAGCUUAAAAAAAGUCUGCUCUAUUAAAGGGACUAAAUAAAGUGAAUACAAUAUUGGCAUUUUACAGACAUUUAGUUAAAGGGACCGCUGGUGAAAGAAUAAUGUACUAUUGGAAACAUAGUUUCCAAGCUUUCAGAAGCCUUUUGUUAAAUUAUUAUUGAUGACCGUGGUGGCUAAUACAUGGUUACCACAAUUUUAUUGUUGUAAAGAUGGGCCUUAUACAUGAAACAUGAGCUUUCUGUAUUAAUCUUUCAUGAAUCCGUUUCAUGAAUUUCCUCACAAAGUUUUUUCUUCCCUUACAAUACCUUUAUUCAUCUCUUGUAAAAAUGUCCAUGGUUUUACUACAGUAAACAUAUUUUAACCAUGACAUUCAUGUUUAACUGUUGUAGUAAAAGAAUAAAACUAAAACCAUGACAAUAAAAAUCCUAAUCAUUCUGCCUAAAAAAUGGUCACGGUAGUAAAACCAUGGUUAGUUUCAGCGAGGGAGCGCAAAACUAUUUCAGAAAAAACAAAUGUACUAAAAAAUGAUGUACAUAAUGUCAAGAGCUUAAAGUUACUAUUUAAAACAACCAGACUUUUUCUUUGACGUCUCAAAGGAAGUAAAAUAUUACAUAAGGACUACAAUUGUUUCUUAUUAUAAGACUGAAAAAGCAUGCACAUCUUCACAUUGAGAGCCUGAUAUUUUAGUUUGAUUUGAUUUUAUGAUUGAGGCUAUAUUCACUAGGUAUUCCCAAGGAUUUUAUUUAUCAUUUUUGUAUUUAAUUGGAAGCGGAGUCAUAUAAGGGAACAAAAAUGACAUUUUCAGUUGUUUCGACGGAGGCAUAGUUACAUUUAUUUUAUGGUAAUUUAUUUUUAUAUAAAUUUACAUAAUUGUGUUUGAGUUUGUGUGUACUGCAAUGCAUAAAAUGCACACACAUACAUGUGUGCCAUCAAAUUGCGACCUGUUCAAGGUUUUAUAAAUAUUACGCGCACACACAAAUGUAUAAAGCCACAUGUAAACUGAUGUAGAAAUCGCAUUUAACCUGCAACAUGUUUAAGCUUGUGCUUAUUAUAUGCAAGUGUUCAAGGGAAAAUUGUAUUUUCACAUUUCAUCAGUCUCAUGGUCCUGCAGGCGAGACCUGGAGAACGAAGUUGUCAUUUUCAGCGGUACAUGUUAUGUGUGCAGACAUCAGCACUCAUUGGUGUAAAGCGAUUGCAUUUAGCCUUUUUUUAACAACAGUCGGAACAACCGAUCAGUUCGACCACAUUAAAGUGUGAUGCAAUCAACAUGCAGAUAUUAUUUAAUUGAAACUGGCCAGUAAACGCAGAAUGAUUGAAUGGUUAUGUAUUUGAUAAUGUGUGCCUGAUUUCUUUUGUUGUAUUGUAAAUUCAGCAUCAUGUCAGCAAAUGAAAUCUGAAGCUAUGUGAUGCAUUGAAAGAUUCUCUUUCCAUGAAACUUCAUGUGUUUGUAAAUGGGAAACAUUUGUUAUAUACAAGACAGGUGUCAGUGUGUGAGAGGUCUAGGAAUUUUUUAUUUUUUUUAUAGUUUGUUCACUCCUAAUUAAAUUUUUUUUUUAAUCUUAUAUAGGCUUGCUUUUUACAUCAUAUCAUACUGCAUUUUCAUUCACUUCAGAACAAUACAGUAAAGAUUUAGCAUUGGCAUUGCUAGCAUAAUAUAGCUCCAGUUGUAGGUUGACUUCACUGAAAAGUGUAAAACAUGGUAUAAUUAGAGAAAUAUUGUAUUAACCAUGACUGUAGUAACCAGUGUUGGGGAAGCUACUUUGAAACCGUAGCUUUCCAAGUUACAACCUACUCUGAACUUAACCUUCCUGAGCUUUUUGUUUUUUUGUUUAAUUAAUAAAAAUGGUUU